AUGGCAGACGAAAGAUUCGAUGGUCAAUUCCUUCACAUGGCCCAGUACACUGAAGGGGGAGUACGUGGCCUUGUCGACGUGUUUUUCUCGUUCUUGCGCCGCAAGACCGACUUUUUCACCGGAUCCGAUGAAGAUUUGAAGGAAGCGAAGAAGGUGGCCAGAGAGCUUGUUGACGAGAGAUUCGAGCACCAUGCGAAGAUCGCGUACGCAGAGGCAGAUAGCAAAAAGAAAGAAAAGGCUCGACAACAGAAAAAGCUGGAGGAACAACGAGAGCGGGAACGAAAACGGAUCGAGGAAGAAGCCAAGGCGCCCAAAAUCGUCGAAGUGAGCGAAGAACAGGCCGCCGCGCUCGAGAAAGAAAACUCGGAGAAGAAGGCCGCCGGAGACGCGAAGGGCUUCCCAGAGCUCAAGGAACAGAAGCCGAACUGCGACGAAGAGGAAGACGAAGAAGACAAGAAUUUGUUGAAGCCAAACGCGGGUAACGGCGCAGACAUGGAAAACUACCAGUGGACGCAGACUUUGCAAGAGGUUGAAGUGAGAGUACCUUUCCGCCUCCCAAAGUUGAAAUCGCGCGAUGUCAACGUCAAGAUUCAGAAGAAGCGGCUUUACGUCGCCUUGAAGAAUCAAGAGCCAGUCAUCGACGCGGAAUUUCCAUUUGAAAUUAAGCAAGAAGAAAGUUUCUGGACGCUGAACACGGGUACUCUGACGAUCAACAUUGAAAAAGUGAACCAAAUGGAGUGGUGGAGCCACCUUGUCACGAGCGAUCCCAAGAUUAACUGCAAAAAGGUCAACCCCGAGAACUCGAAGCUCUCAGGUAAGAAGCGAGCGUGUCAGUCAAAGAAAGCGCACAAAGUCGUUCGCAAAACGCCCUCAAAGAGCAAGAUACCCGUCUAUGUGCAGGGCAAGCCCACAACUGAUCAAAAGCUUGAUGAACUCUUGGUAACAGCAACUGUAGCUGGCCUCAUGCCGAUUCAUUUUUUUAUCGUAGAAAAGUUGGAUGGCAUUUAG